AUGAGUGGUCAAGCUUUACAAAGGGAGACUCGGAGAACCUCAGUGAAACUCAACGAAACGCAGUUGAGCAAUGGAAAACUAAUCGCAGAACUGAACGAACACCCUUGGAUCGCACGCAUUGAGUUCACUGACUCGCUGGGAGAUCAACAAUAUUUGUGUCUUGGGGCACUCAUAGCUCCCCGUCAUGUUGGCACCGCUGCUCAUUGUCUAAGCUAUGACGAUACAAAGCUCUCGGCAGUGGUCAUCGGCGACUGGGAUUCGAGCAACAACAUCACCGAACAGGACUGCAGUGCCCAGGGCUUGUGUGCACCGCUCCCUCAGCGCAUUGAACACCAGACAGUGGCCAUACAUCCAGAGUACGCCGUCCACAAAAUCGACAAUGACAUAGCUGUGAUCGAGUUGGCGAGGAAUGUGGAAAUCUUCGACUAUGUACAGCCCAUAUGCCUAGCCACAGCCGAAGAAGUUUCAGCAGCGCUCCACGUGUCGGGCUUCCUGAGACCCAAGAGUCAGCGAACAAUGCAGAGAAUUAAGAUGCCAUUUAAGAAACUCCCCACCGAGGAGUGCCAGAAAAAGGUUCGACACAAUACGAUGGCAACUUCGAACAUUUGCGGCAUCACCGACUUCAAUCCCAUGUCCGGGGCUGCUCUCAUCGAGGCACACGGAGAGCCACGCAGGUUCCAGCUGGUGGGCAUUGCCGCCGCAGGAUUUAACUCUGAGCCGAGUUUGCAUUUACACACGAAUAUUCGCUUGCAUUUGGAUUGGAUUCAGCAGAACUCUAAAGUGUGA